AAUGGGCUCUGCAACACGCAGAGUUGGCGUCUCACAGGCAAGCGACCGGGUAGUCAAGCAGAGCUUGCACCGCACCUCCUUCCCCAGCGCCCAGAGCUGCCGAGCAAGAGGCGGCCGUCUUGGAAGAAGGUUGGCACAGCGCCGACGAACCAGCGCCCAAAGCCAACUUCCACUUGAGGCUCCUGCCACGGCACGCCCUGAAUCUUGCAAGGCACGAUUAGACUUUCUGAUACCCCGGAUCGAAUCAAUGCCACCCUGCCGAUUGCUUCGACAGCAUUAGCUUCGGCAAGUCGGGUUGCAGAGUCUAUGCUUUUUUUGUCGGUGGGAUUCGAUUGAGAUUGCGGCGGGCCUCAAGGUGGCCAAGAAGGGGACCAGGCGGGUCCGUUUCCCGCCAACACCCCAGAUUAUUAGCGCCGUCGCCGCACCGCGCUUGCGAUUGCGAAAUCGACAUUGUCCGUCUUUCAUCAUCACCAACCACCACCCCCACCAUCCCAAGCGAUGCCGAUCCGACCGACAAUACGGGCGCCCACACACUCGAGAUACCCUAGCCACAAAGCCGUCGGUGCCGUCCGCCCGGCUGUCCUCGGCCUGGCCAGGCUGCUCGGCGUGAGCGUCUCGGCCGUGGCUGCCGCUCCCUUGGCCGCCACCUUUCAGCACGGCGGUGGCCACGACCACGACGACCUCGGCACUCCCGUCUGGGUCCUCUAUGUCGCCUCGGCCAUCCUGGUUCUCCUCGGAGGUGCCUUUGCCGGCCUUACCAUUGCCUUGAUGGGACAGGAUAGCAUCUACCUACAGGUCAUCUCCUCGGACAAGGACGAGCCCCAGCAUAACAAUGCCCGACGCGUCUACAAGCUCCUGGAAUCCGGCAAGCACUGGGUCCUUGUCACCCUUCUACUGUCCAACGUCAUUGUCAAUGAGUCGCUGCCUGUCGUUCUGGACAGAUGUCUCGGAGGCGGCGUCGCUGCCGUCGUUGGUAGCACCGCUCUGAUCGUCAUCUUCGGCGAGGUCGUCCCCCAGUCCGUCUGCGUUCGAUACGGCCUACAGAUCGGCGGCUACAUGUCCAAGCCCGUCCUCGCGCUCAUGUGGCUGACGGCGCCCCUCUCGUGGCCCACGGCGAAGCUGCUCGACUGGAUCCUGGGCGAGGACCACGGCACUGUCUACAAGAAGAGCGGCCUCAAGACGCUCGUCACCCUCCACCGCUCCCUCGGAGUUGCCAGCGAGCGUCUCAACAGUGAUGAGGUCACCAUCAUCAGCGCCGUGCUGGACCUCAAGGAGAAGCCAGUCGCCGCUGUUAUGACGCCCAUGAACGACGUUUUCGUCAUGUCCGAGGAUACUGUGCUUGACGAGCCCACUAUGGACCGCAUUCUCUCGGCCGGCUACUCGCGCAUCCCGAUCCACGAGGCUGGAAAUCCCACAAACUUCCUCGGCAUGCUGCUCGUCAAGAUCCUCAUCACGUACGACCCUGAAGACUGCAUGCUGGUCAAGGACUUCCCCCUGGCGACGCUGCCCGAAACACGACCGGAGACUAGUUGCCUCGACAUCGUGAAUUACUUUCAGGAGGGGAAAUCGCACAUGGUCCUGGUAUCUGACUCGCCCGGUAACCCCUACGGGGCUCUGGGUGUCGUGACUCUGGAGGACGUCAUCGAGGAGCUCAUUGGAGAGGAAAUCAUCGACGAGUCGGACGUCUACAUCGAUGUCCACAAGGCCAUCAGACGUCUCCACCCCGCGCCCAACGCCCAGGUUUUCCGCAGACAGUCGUCGAAUGUGAACCCCAAGUCCGCCGAAAACAACAAGGGCGAGGAGAAUGCCAACGGCCUCGCGUCUCCACACCUCACGCCUGUAGAUAUCGCGAGCGCCACCAAGGCCGACGCCACGCAGCUCUCGGCUAGUCCCAAGGCCACAUUCCUGAUGCGGCGCAGCUCGGCUGGGGUUGACGGCAAGAUGGUUCAGUCGGCAGUGCCUGUCCGUGCCAACAUCGACGAUAUUAGGGAACACCUGCGGCACUUGGGCCCCUCCAACCCUGCCAACAACCCGAAGAACACGAGGCUCACGUCGGUCACCAUCAAGCCCGGCCACGGCGCCGUAGGCCCGCAGCGCUCGUUUCAGAGCGAGGCGACCCGCGCGACCCCUGAAAUCGAGGUUCACCAGCCCAACGACGACCACGAGGGUGGUGAUAACGAGACGACGUCGCUCCUCCAUGCCGCGCCCACCAACAGCCGCAACCUCCACCGGGUUUCCAGCAAGGACGGUGUGCAGGCACUGCGCCAGAGCUACGGCGCCUUGUCGGCUACCGAGGCGCAGCAGCGGGUUCUAGGCGCGUCGCCGCCAGGCUUUACCGAGGCGCAGCGCAACCAUGUAGUCCAUACGCCCAAGCUGAACACGUCUAGCGACACCAAGGCGACGCCGAACCCAAAGACUCCCUCAUCGGACGGAUCCGGGGGCAGCCCAAUAUCGGACGGCCGUGGUAGUAGGUCCACCACGCCACUCCUCAAGCGGUCGACUGUGCGUAGCGGCAGCAUCACGGAGAACGUCUUCGAGUCCCGCGGCUUCCGCAAGGUCGUCCUCGAGACGACGAGCUCCAACGACGACGAGGAAGAUAGUGCUGGUGCUGGGCAUGGUGGUGUGGGUGGCCUCAAUGGCGGCAGCGCCUCGGAACCCAAUCUCCUAGGCGGUCGGGGCCCUUCGUCGCUUCACAAGUCGGUCUCGGAUGUGGACGAGGAGACAGACGACGAAGGGGCGCAUUCUACGGCGGAUCAAGCCACGAGUCCCGGCGGUCAGAACGGCGCAAGUAGCAACGACGCCGGGAAAAAGAAGAACCGUCGAAAGAAGCGGAAGGGCAGAUCCUAGGCCGACCUGCCGUCCGAAUACCUCGGCGUCGCCGUAUCCAUCGGCUCCUUGGUCCCGUCUCGGGCAGCCUUGUGCACUCUUUAUCGGUCCAUCGGCUUCGGCAUGCACGCGGGCCCAGAUGGGGAAGGGGCGUUUCAGCCAGAGGGCUAUCGGGGUCUUGAAGAAGCCGGGGACGACGACGAAGAUGAAGAAUGGGACGCACCUUGUGGCGACACCUUUGACGGGUUUUACAGUGGGAGCAGCGGUGAUUAGGGGACGGUACAUGUGUUAUGAGUGAUGCAGAGCGCAGUUCAUCGUGGGGGGCGUAGGUGGCGGUUGGAAAAACAAGGCCGGAUUUCUGUUUGGGCGAGGAAGGGGAGGGGAGGGGCAUCCAAAAGGUGGCGGGUUGUGUUGGACAGAGCCGUUAGGUGGAGGGCGGCCGAAGGCGAUUUAAUGUUUUGCAUGGCUACUACCAACAGCUCCAGCGGCCUCAGGGGCAUAUAUGUAUACUCUGUAACCAAAUCAGAUCGUGUUUCUUUUUUUUUUUCUACCAGUUGUUUCGGACAUGUCCAACACUCUUGCCAAC